AUGGAAGAGGAACCGUCCACAAAAAAUGGACUUUACGUACAGGAGGAAGAGGAUCCAAGAAAUAUUGAACCAACAGAACCACAUCAGAACUCAAUGGACUUUAUUUCUUUGUAUGAUGACGAUGAAGAUGUUCAAACUCACGACAAAGAGAUUUCUAUCGAAGAAGACUUAAAGACCUUAUCUCUAACAUCAGAUUUACUGAAUGAAGAGGAUCCUUUGCCUGAAAAUGAGGAAACCAGUUUAGCUGGUAGAGACGACCCUAUAAUAUCGAAUACAACUGUAAAUUCAAGCAAAUAUGUUUACUCAGAGAGCGCAACAAAUACAGAAGAAGAAAGCAUAGCAGGAUGGAAACCAUUGAAACAAAGUGGAUCAAAAACUUCAAGCAGGAAGGAUGCCCCAAAGAAGAAAUUAGAAUUAAGACACUAUCAACUAGAACUGGCUGAAAGAGCUUUAAGGGGAGAUAAUUGUAUAAUUAUAUCUCCAACUGGCAGUGGCAAAACACACGUGGCAAUAAGAAUAAUUCAGCAUCACCUUGAAAAACUUGCAAAAAAUAAGAAAAUUGCGUUUGUUGUGGAUAAAAACAAUCUAGCAAAUCAGCAGUCCGAGAAGAUAGAAGAAUAUUUACAAUGCAGACUGAAAGUGAUUUCUGGAGAUAUCCAUAGGGAACAAGAAAAUGUUCAGGACAUUGCAUCCUUUUUUCCCCAAUACGACGUUUUUGUGGUCACUGCUCAAAUGCUGGUCAAUGCUAUAGCAAAACAGAAUGUCGACAUUAGGAGUUUUUCAUCUCUUAUUUUUGAUGAAUGCCACCACUGUUGUGGAACACAUCCAUUUCAGAAGAUAAUGAACUAUUAUAUGGACUCCAAAUUGGAAUAUUUUGGUGGCGAAUACCAGCUUCCACAAAUCAUCGGUUUUACGGCAUCAAUAGGUUUGGGGAAGUCUAACACUGUCCAGAAAACAAUAGAACAUGUGAAGACCACUUUAGCAAAUAUGGACGCUGAUUGCUUAGUAACAGUGCAGAGAAACAAGAGCGAAUUAGAGAAACAUAUGAACAAUCCAAGGCAAUACAUUACAACUGUACCUGUUCGAAGAAACGACGAGUUUGGGACACGUAUCAAACUUCUUAUGAUUAAAACUGAAAAAUAUUUAGACGACGCGGGUGUCGGAUUUCUACGUCCCCCAGCGGCAAAAGGGAGUACACAAUACAAAAACUGGUUAGAAGAUGCUCUUUUGAAAGCAGUGGCACAGCUUUCUGAAUCGGAUGCAAACCGAUCAUUGUUUACUUUAAGAAAAUAUUUGGAGAUUUACAACAGUGCUCUUAUCCACUUUUCACAUGCAACAGCAAUAGAUGUUCUACACUUCAUAAUAAAGGAAAUAGGAAACCUUCCAAAAUUGUCUGGACACACUGGACUCGAGCAAAAAAUUAAAACUUUGCUCGAAGAGGAAUAUACCACGAUAGAAGCAUGCGCCAUGGAUCAUACGAGAACUUCGGAAAAUCCCCUCCUGCUUAAACUGAAAGAAAUCAUAUUGACAACGUAUGCUGAGAACCCAGACAUGAGAGGAAUAGUGUUUGUUCGUUCACGUAUUCUUGCUGAUCUCCUGGCCUCCUGGAUAGAAAAUACAAAGGAAUUAGAGCGCAUCAAAGCUCUUAAAUACACUAGUUCACUAGCAAAACUUUCAGAAGGAGGCAUGACGAGAUAUGAACAAAUCGACGCACUCGAGCUUUUCAAGGAGGGUCAGUAUAAAAUUAUUGUCGCCACCACUGUUGCAGAGGAAGGACUUGAUAUCAAGGAGUGUAAUCUUGUUGUCAGAUAUGAUUAUGUCGGAAGUGCUAUAUCAUUGGUUCAAGCUAGAGGUCGUGGUCGAGCAGAAAACAGCCGUUUUUACAUUUUGGCUUCAGAAGAUAAAUGUGUUGCUGAAAAGGAAUCACUGAACGUCUUACGGGAACCAAUGAUGGAAGAAGCAAUGAGAACUGUACAACAGCUAAUUGAAUAUAAUUAUAGUGUAUAUCUCGCCCAAAAAAGAGAGAUUCAACUGCUUGCUAAAAGGGAACGUGAUGCAGCAAAACGAAAUCAAGUGCAGAGGAGAGUAGUGAAUUCGGGAGAAUAUUAUUUAAGGUGCUUAAAAUGUCAUGCAAACUUAUGUAUGUCAAGCGACAUAAGGAGGAUUCUGAAUCAUCAUUAUGCCUGUAUCAGCCCAUAUUUAAAAUAUAAUAUCAACUGUACUAAGUUUGAAACGCCAUCGUAUCCUGGAGAUGAUAUUGAAAUGGGAGUUGGACAAAUUGAUUGCAUUGGAAAAGGAUGCUUCGUAAAACUGGGAACCAUUGCUCUUUAUGAAGGAAUAUUUUAUCCUAUUCUGAAUAUAAAGGCGUUGAAGAUAGAGAAUAACUUUAAAAAGGGGGACACGCUGAAAAAGUGGAAUAUGGUGGAGAAAUAUUUCACAGUGCCAGACCUGUCGACGGGUGAUAUUGAAAACAUUGUGAAAUCUGGCAGACUUAUCGACUUCAGCUAGAACGAUUUGAAAGUAUAUUGUCAAUUUAUUUUUCUGUUGACUUUCAAAUUUAGAUGAGGUGUUGUUUAACAU